UUUGCGAAAGAUGAGAUAGAAACACUGGAAGCAAUUACAAAACAUCCAUCUCCACCUCCCUGCAGUCGGUCUUCAUCUCAGGAGAGUUUCCGUGAAAAUACUUCCGACCACAGGCCAAUUGGAAAUGACAACGCCAACCUACUUCGAGCUCUUGAAGAGGGCAAUAUUGAUACCUCCUUGGAUCUCCGUGGUUCGCAGGAACAUCUCCUUGGAAAAAUGCAUCAAACACGAUGGUACCUCCCUUCAUCGUCUAUGGAAUUCGACAAUACUCCAGUGGUAAAGAAAUCAGCAGAGCUCGACAUGGACUUGAAGGUUAAAGAUACCGAUGCAUUGCUGGCGUCUAGAAUGAAGCGAGGCUGCCUUUUCACCCAUCGGUCCCCCCCAUAUCUGCGACAAAGAAGCAACCUAUCCAUGGACUCCUUUCUACCUCCACAUGAUGAAGUUGAAAUACCCGAUACAGCAGCAAGAUUAAUAUGCUCUAUUGAACGCGUUAAUGAAGCAUGUCUGAAUGAAGACUUUCAGAGUGAAGUUCCACCUCCAACCCCAAAUUUGACACCCCCAACAUGCGAACUAACUUCAAAGCAACUGACUGACAACUCCGGUUCAAUUCUGAGCGGAGCUGAACAGAAAGAACUAAGUGUAAUACUCUUUAAUCUGCUCCGAGAUGUACAAGAAAUGCGAACAGAUCUUCAGUCACUCACAACCGAAGUGAGCUCCCUCAAACAGCAACAACAAAUGACCCGACCUAACCAGAUCCUUCUAUCAGAUAACAAUCCUCAAUAUCCCCUCAAAUCCAACAUAAUGAAACCCGCCUCUGUCCUCUCACCUUCCAACUCCUGCUUCCUACCUGGGCACUCUUCAGUUGACAGCAUUUCGUCUGAAGAGGGUUGGAAGGCUCCCGACUCUGGAACACCUGAAACAUCAAAAACACAUGGAGUCACAACGUCUCCUCAAUCCCGAUGUGUAACUUUCAGUCUGCCAGAAAAACCGAAACGAAAUCACAAGGAGAAGCAAGUGCACAAAUCGGAGACGAUACGAGACACUGGUGAGAUGUCGUCUGAUCUUGUCGAGACACCUUUUUCACCAGCCUCUUCCAUCUCAUCUGAUUUCACUAGAAAAUAG